AUGGUCGAUACCAAGGUAUCGGCCGAUGCAGGGUCUCAAGGCGAAAAAGGCGGGGGAAAGGGAAGCGGCGAGAAGGCCUUGAGUGAGAAAGCGCAGGCACGGAAGCGGGCGAAGCUGGAGAGGCUAAAGAAGAAACUGGCGCAAAAGAAAGCAGCCAAGCGUGGACCUGGCAGCGAAGAGGCAGGCGAGGCGGCAGGGGGGCCAACGGCCGUAGGGAAUGGGCGUGGGGACGAGGAGAGGGAAGGGAAGCGGAGGCGCAUGGUGAAGCACCCCAUGCGAGUGGCGGGGCAGCGGCCAGGCGAGCAGUGCUUCUCGUGUGGCGCCGCAAACCACGCCGCCAAGGAUUGCCCAAAACGAAAGGAGCGCAAAGUGUCCAAGGCGUGUCUCUUCUGCCGGCAGUGGGGCCAUGUGGUCAGCGAGUGCCCGCGAGCUGCCUCGGCGUCCGCGCCCGCUGUGCCGCAGCCGCCAGGCGCCUCUGGCGACCUGGGGACGGGGGAAGCAGCAUUCGAGGGAGAAGGGCGUGGGCAAGACGACAAGAGUGCGGGCGGCACAGAGGGGCUGGGAGUGGGGUUGUGCUACAACUGCGGCUCCACGCGCCAUCGCCUGCACAACUGCCCUUUGCCGCGAGCCAACGGCGGAGCAGCACAUGCGGUGUGCUUUGUGUGCCAGCAGAAGGGCCAUCUCAGCCGUGACUGUCCACAGAACCCCAACGGCCUCUAUCCCAAGGGCGGGUGUUGUCGCAUGUGUGGACUCAAGACACAUCUCGCUCGUGACUGUCCUUCCAAGCAAGCCGCUGCUACUUCUGCUGCUGCUCCUCCUGCUGCCAGCUCUGCGAAGGUGGAAGGGAACCAAGGCACCAGGAAGCCGCUAAACAGGCACCACAUCUUUCCUGGAGGAGAUGACUUGGGGGACGACUUUGGGGACGCCGUUUUGCAGCCACUGCAGGCGAAGCGGGGGGAUCAGCAAGAUGGGGAAGGUGGUGCUUUGGAGGAUUUUGACGAAGCUCAAGGCAGCGAUGAUGAGUUGUUGAUGGGGAACGAGAGCGCCGGUAGGCCAGGGAGGUUGGCGGGUCGGCGCUUCAGUGGCAGGAGGGGAGGGAGAGGCCGAGGCGGAGGUAUUCAUGCUGGUGGCAACAGGCGGCGCCAGGGAAAGGGAUGGUGA